GAAUUGGUUAUCAGUUCUAGUAGUUAGUUUUCAACUUCUGUAGAGUAGGAGGAAGAGGGACCACUUUCCUCUGCAUUCUGAUUGGAUGGGCCAAAAGCGCGGGUGGAUGUACCGGGCUCCUGAGUAGGAUUUCAGUUGGUUAGUUCUCAACUUCUCUUGUAGUUACAUCAAGUUGUACCACAAUAUUCCCAAUAAUUCAUCAAUAAUCAAGCUUCCCAGGCUCUCAACUCUACAGUCCAGACCCUCAGCUUUUCAGCUGAAUCAAACUUUUAUUGAAGAUGAAAGUGAGGUUUGCAAGCGAAAAUGGGAAAGGAGAUGAGUUUAACUGUAAUAGCUGUUCAGUUAGAAACCGCUUCAAGUCACUUAAAGAACUUCAACAUCAUCAGGAUCAAGAUCACAAUCAAGAAUCUGGAUAUGAAACACUUGAAGCCGAAGUUGAUGAACCAGCCUAUGACGAUAGUACAUUUGAUACAAGUUAUGAUACAGGCAUUAUGAUUUUGCCUAUAAAAAGAAGUUGUUCGAGAUGUGGCAAAGUUGCUAAUAUUAUGAAGCUAAAAGCCCAUAUGAGGAUUUGUGAAUAUCAGCCAGAAACAAGCCCAGAGACAGGAUCAUUUCAAGCAACUGGAUUGCUGAUUCGGAAGCUGCUUGGACAGAGGCCAUUUUUUGCCUCUCUCCAAAACAACAUUCGUUUUAUUGGAACUGAUGAUGUUUCACAAAUACAGAUAACCUGUAAAGCGGAUAGUUAUAUUACCUAUAAACUAUACUUUAGGUCCGUUAAAUUGAAAUGUAGUAAAUUUACAAUACACGGAAAUUCCAAGAAAACAUCAAGAUUCCGUUUGCCCCUUACACUACUUGAUGAAGAAAGUUUCACAUUCACCCUAAUCUACAAAAUUCAAACGGAUUCAAAAGUUCAGAUGAGAAAGCUCAAAAUGGAAACUUAAGCAUCAAUAUUGUAAACUAGCAAGCUUUAAAAGAGGAUGCUAAUUUCCAAUGUUCAUGCUUCCAUGUUCAAAAUUCACAUACUUUACUGAUAAAACUUCUGUGUGCACUUAAGAGUAUCCACCGGAAAUUCCGUUUCCGUGUCCGUGGGAAAUUUUCACUGGAAAAAAUUCUUUGUAUUUAGAAAUGCAAUUUGUACAUAGUUCUAAAGAGAAGAGUUGGGUUUAAAAAAAUCUCAUUAUGAACUUCAUGUAUCCAGAAAGUUUGAUUCUGAUUUAGCCUAGUGUUGUCUGGAUUAUGUGAAUUGUAUGCAUUCAGCCAUCUGAAACUUCAUGUGGAAAUUAAACAUAUAUUAAACUCACUUAAUUUCCUCAGGACUUUAAUUAAUACCAGUGCCGGCUUUUUUUCCUGACUAACCUUCUCCAGAAUUGGAUGUACAUUAGGUUAUGAGUCAACUAAAUCCUAAAUAAAUGAUACCCAGUUACCUUAAGGAAUAAAAGUACAAUAGUGAA